AGAUGAUGCACGUAAAUCUGAACACUUACACCGUAAAAAGCUGAAUGGGAGAGAAGCUUUUGUUCAUAUAGUUACCCUAGAAGAUAUGCGAGAAAUUGAGAAAAACCCCCCAGUCCAAGGAAAAAAGGGCUUAAAGAUAUCUGUUCCAGAUGGCCCACUGUGUGACCUUGGUUCAGCUGUCUGUUUCCUGUGACCAUCUCAUUGACAAGGACAUCGGCUCCAAAUCUGACCCACUCUGUGUCCUUUUGCAGGAUGUAGGAGGGGGCACCUGGGCUGAGCUUUGCCGGACGGAGCGAGUUCGGAACUGCUCAAGCCCUGCGUUCUCCAAGACUCUGCAGGUGGAGUACCACUUUGAGACUGUCCAGAAGCUGCGCUUUGGAGUCUAUGACAUAGACAACAAGACACCAGAGCUGGGGGACGAUGACUUCCUAGGGGGAGCAGAGUGCUCCCUAGGUCAGAUUGUGUCCAGCCACACUUUGACUCUACCCUUGAUGUUGAAGCCGGGGAAGCCUGCCGGGCAGGGAACCAUUACUGUUUCAGCCCAGGAGUUAAAGGACAGUCGUGUAGUGACCAUGGAGGUGGAAGCUAGAAACUUGGAUAAGAAGGACUUCCUGGGAAAAUCUGACCCGUUCUUGGAGUUCUUCCGUCAAGGUGAUGGGAAGUGGCACCUGAUUUACCGGUCUGAGGUAAUCAAGAACAACCUGAACCCUACAUGGAAACGCUUCUCGGUUUCUCUUCAGCAUUUCUGUGGUGGGGACCCUGGCACACCCAUCCAGGUGCGCUGCUCGGACUAUGACAGUGAUGGCUCACAUGAUCUCAUUGGUACCUUCCACACCACGUUGGCCCAGCUUCAAGCAGUUCCGGCUGAAUUUGAAUGUAUCCAUCCCGAGAAGCAGCAGAAAAAGAAAAGCUACAAGAACUCUGGAAUUGUCCGCGUCAAAACUUGCCAGGUAGAAACAGAGUAUUCCUUCCUGGACUAUGUGAUGGGAGGCUGCCAAAUCAACUUUACUGUGGGUGUAGACUUCACUGGCUCCAAUGGAGACCCAUCCUCCCCUGACUCCCUGCACUAUCUGAGCCCUUCAGGAGUCAAUGAGUAUCUGACAGCACUGUGGAGUGUGGGCAGCGUGGUUCAAGACUAUGACUCAGACAAGCUGUUUCCAGCAUUUGGAUUUGGGGCCCAGGUACCCCCCAACUGGCAGGUCUCACAUGAAUUUGCCUUGAACUUCAAUCCCAGUAAUCCCUAUUGUGCAGGUAUCCAGGGUAUUGUAGAUGCCUACCGUCAAGCACUGCCCCAAGUUCGCCUCUAUGGCCCUACCAACUUUGCACCCAUCAUCAACCAUGUGGCUAGAUUUGCAGCCCAGGCUGCACAGCAGAGGACUGCUUCGCAAUACUUCGUACUGUUGCUUUUGACUGACGGCGCUGUGACAGACGUCGAGGCUACAUGUGAGGCUGUGGUGCAAGCCUCAAAGCUGCCCAUGUCUGUGAUCAUUGUGGGCGUGGGCGGUGCUGACUUCGAGGUCAUGGAACAGCUGGAUGCUGAUGGUGGCCCUCUUCGUACGCGCUAUGGAGAAGCAGCUUCCCGGGACAUAGUGCAGUUUGUGCCCUAUCGACGAUUUCAGAAUGCUCCACGGGAAGCACUGGCACAGACUGUUCUUGCAGAAGUGCCCACUCAGCUGGUUUCCUACUUCAGAGCCCAAGGCUGGGCCCCAUUGAAGGCACCUCCAGCUCCAGCCAAGGUCCCUGCACAGCCCCCCCAGGCAUAGGUUCCCUUGGAGAGUAGGCUGUGAUCAGUCUAUUUCAGCCGGCACCAUUCUCCAGACUGUGGACCAACCCUGCACAUUCUUCCCACUUUAUAGUUUACUUUGAUACUUGCUUUUGCUAUUGCUGCUCUUGACCUAUCUACCUGUUCCUGACAUCCCAUUCAGGAAAGACCUGUAUAAAGGUCAUCUCUUUCUUGAGUUACAGGCUGCUAUAGAUAGCCUUACUUUGACCUAAGUCUUUGUUGACCCUGGGCUUGUUGAGUGAAAGGUUCCCCUGGUCCAAUAAUCAUAUCCAAGCAAAUUGGGUCUAUUCAUUUUGAAAACACAAAGUUUGAAUAUAAAGUAAGCAUGUGGUUAUUCCUUCCUCUGGGUGGAGCUGAGCUGGGAACAUGGACAAGAUGGAAGGUGCUAUGCCUCAUAAGAGGUGGCAAAAUUGAGAGAAUGACACAUUUCACUGUAGACUGAGACUAUUAGAUCUCUAGGGCUAGCUGUGUUCCACUGUUUUUUGGGAACAUUUGUGUAGCCUAGGCUGGCUUGCAAUUUACCAUCCUGCCUCAACCUCACGAAUGCUGGAAUUAGGCUUGUGCUACUGUGCCUGGUUUUCAGUCAGGGCCGUGUCAAGUCUUCAUUCUGCUCUUCUUUUCAACAUGUUCCAAGUAUUUUUCCCUUAGCUGUUACUGUUUCAUAUGUUUUUAUACACAUGAAAAUUUUAUUUUUAUAUAUGCUUAUCUGCUUUUUGAAAAUGUAUUCAUAUGUCAAUGACAAUAUAAAUACCCCCUCAGUGGC